GUUACAGAGUUAAUGGCUUUAAUCUACAUCUGUGAUUGUUAACAGAUGGUCCCGUUUAAACUUAAUAAGUUGGGUGAGUUCUGGUUUGAUAAAACUAACUAUUGCAACGUGUUGUACUUUAAUGUACGGUUGUUUAACUUAAUGGGGGCCAAAUGACGACGUUAAAUGAACUUAAGUACUCAAAACUUUUUAAAAAAAGAAAAAAAAAGUAACUCUUCGCACGACUCUUGCAAAACUGAGAUACAACUUAAAAAAAAACUAUUGAAACGACAAAGAAAGGGUAGGAUCUAUAACUUUAUUUUACACAACGGGUAAAUUAGCGUUAACUUUCGAUGCAAACAGCGCUGUUUUUCCAAGUAUCUCCGUUAAGAUUUCAACAACUGCAUUCCUUCUCUCGUCUCGCUCAACAAACAGGAAACACACGUCCUACAAAAAAUGAUUGACAGCCGCGGCUGGCCAAUCACGGCUCACCACCACCCGAGCUCAGCCAAUCGGCUUAAAGAAGAAGGGCGGGACUUCCUGUAAUGUGACGCAAAUUCGUCGGCCAGGCCUGUAAGUCCCACCUUUUUGUGUUUCCCGCACCGUCAAUCAAAAUAGAAAAAAAAAAUCGACCCGAAUUCACCGAUCAACACACUAGCCCGCCUUUGAUAAAAUAAUCAUGUUCGGAGUUUCGUUGAUCUGUUAAUCCUCCCGGUUACUACCACUCACGCUAUGACUGGUACGUAAACAUUUAGCGCAUCGAAGCGUGGGGACUAAUCGCGCCAGAGCAGCCUCUGAAACAAGGAGAAAUGGCGUCCGCGGACGUGGACAGCAGUCAAAGCGAGUUUCUGCAACACGGCGGCGCAGCGGAAACACAGACGACAGAUAUGUCUGCAAUUCAGCUGACCGGUUCGGACCGAUGGGAGGUGUUAACUCCCGUCUCAGCUGGGAAAGAAGACCAGGGAGUUGUUCACAUUCCAAACUCUGGGAUCGUCACGUCCAACGGGCAGUACGUGCUUCCGAUCGGGAGCCUUCCCAGCCAGCCCAUUUAUGUUACAGCAUCUGGGGGUGAGGCUGCAGCCAACGGAGUGUCGGGCAUUCAGUAUCAGGUCAUCCCCCAAAUCCAGAAUGCAGACGGGACGCUUGCAGGAUUCCAAACGCAAGGGUUGGAUGACGGCACGGGGCAGAUCCAGCUCCUUCAAGACGGCGGCCAGGGCAACAUCGGGAUCAGCGGCGCCACGACGACGACCUCGGAUCUCCUCACGCAGGCCGGGCAGGUUCAGUCGAUCCAAGGCGUCUCCCUGGCCGGGGGUUCGGCGUACUCCGGCACGGUACCGGUGGGGCUGCCCGGGAACAUAACGUUCGUCCCUAUAAACAGUGUGGACCUGGAGUCGCUAGGGUUGACCGGAGCUCAGACGGUCCCCAUCGCGACGGCGGUGACGCCCGAGGGCCAGCUGAUCAUGAGCAGCCAGGCGCUGGAGAGUCAGAGUCAGGACGCCGGCGGCAAGCAGCAGCAGCUGGUGACGGUGAGCGGCAGCGGCGGCAACCACGAGCUCUACGUGCCAACCACCACCACCACCUCCUCCAACUCGUCCCACCUCCCCGAGACCAUCGACGGAACCGGCGUUCUCACCCAGGCGACCGCCGUGUCUGCAGGCGUGUCCGACCCCUCGUCUGAGAACUACAACUCCCACAACCACAUGCACCAAAUACAGGUGUCGUCCUCCAACGCCACUACUCUCUCGCAGCCCAUCCUGCAGCUGUCUGGGGACGGUCAGGCCCAGGUAGCCCAGGUGGCUCAAGGCCAGGACAUGAAUUCGGCCGGCCAGACUCUACAGAGCGUACAGCUGGUCAACCCAGGAACCUUCCUCAUCCAGGCCCAAACCGUCACAGCUACUGGACAGAUCCAGUGGCAGACCUUCCAGGUUCAGGGUGUUCAGUCACUUCAGGGGCUCCAGUUGCCCCAGGGUCAAGGCCAGGCCCAGCAGUUGACCUUAGCCCCGGUCCAGACUAUCCCCAUGGGCCAGACGGGCCAGGUCAGCCUACCCAACCUCCAGACGGUCACGGUUAACUCCGUGACACAAUCCGGAGUACAGUACACACACGGAGAGGAUACAGGCAGUCCAGUUGGUAUCCAGAUAAAGGAGGAGCCCGACACGGAGGAGUGGCAGCUGAGCGGAGACUCCACGUUGAACCCCAGCGACCUGAACAACCUGCGCGUUCAGCUGGGAGAUGAGGACAUGGAUACUCCGAGCGGGGAGGGCAAGAGGCUCCGCAGAGUAGCCUGCACCUGCCCCAACUGCAAAGAGUCGGGAGGAAGAGGGUCGGGUAUGGGGAAGAAGAAGCAGCACAUCUGCCACAUCGCCGGCUGCGGGAAAGUCUACGGGAAGACGUCCCACCUCCGAGCUCACCUGCGCUGGCACAGCGGGGAGAGGCCCUUCGUCUGCAACUGGAUGUUCUGCGGGAAGAGGUUCACCAGGAGCGACGAGCUGCAGAGACACAGGAGGACACACACAGGAGAGAAGAAGUUCGUGUGCACGGAGUGCUCCAAGAGGUUCAUGAGGAGCGACCACCUGGCCAAGCACAUAAAGACUCACCAGAACAAAAAGGGCGGAGUUCCGUCCUCCACGUCUCCGCCCACGACCGACACCGUCAUCACCGCCGCCGACGGGACCACGCUCAUCCUCCAGACCAACACCCACGACCUCGUAGGCAAUCAGGAGAUCCCCUUGCAGCUGGUCACCGUGGCGUCCGGUGAGGUCAUGGAGUGAUUUGGUGACGUGGCUUUUUUUUUUUUUUUUUUUUUUUUUUUCCAGAACUGGCCUAUCACAGGGACCUCUUGGGCUUUUCUCUCCCUCCUCUUACCUUUUUUUUUUGUUUUUGUUUUUUUACAUAUGAAUAUAUACGUAAAUAUAUAUGACAAAUAUAUAUAUUUUAAGUAAGAGUUAUCUUGACUUUGUUUGUUUUUUGCAGUCUUUUUAUAGGCGGGCAAAAAGAAAUAACAUUAAAAUGUGGUUGCUAUGUACACAUGCGUAAACACACUCGCACGCACACACACACACACACACACACACAUACACACACACCACAUUAACGCUGAAAACCUGACACGAAUACUCAACACAAUGAAAUGCCUUAUUUUGUAUCAUACUCUUGUAUAAAAUGCUGGAGGUGCAUGUGUUUUUUUAAAGCUUUGCAGCUGAUGUAAUUGUAAUGGAGAUAAAUGUGGAGAUUCUUUUUUUUGUUUUGUUUUUUUUAGAAGAAAGAAAAAGGAAGCCUCUCUGGGAUGAAUGAGUAUUUUUUUUUUUUCCUGACAGAACCAAACGCUCUGUUUGAAGCAGCGCAGCCUCAACUCUGAUCGAAUGCUUUUGUUUUAUUAAAGGAGCAGUUUAACUUUUUAUUUUUUUAUUUUUUUUUUGGGUGGCUUGUUAGGAAGGCGGAUUAGCUUAGCAUAAAGACUGGAAACUUGUAGAAAGUUAUCUGCAACUCUUAAAGUUUAGGGGUAAGCGUCUUGUAUCCUAGCAACCGGUGGAGACUGAUUCCACUGGUUGCUAAGAUACAAGAUGCUAACUGCUACGCUUCAGGAAGUAGCUCCACCGCUUCCAGACUUUAUGUUCAAGGUGUCCGACUUCAUCAUAUUUUUUUAGCAUAAUUUUUUUGCAACAUCAACUCACUUUUUUUUUUUUUUUUUUUUUAAAUAAACGCGCAACAGCUGUCGCACAACCGCCGGCAGCCGACAGCGAGCGCUGCUACAAGCGGAGCGUGGGUUUUUCCCCGGCGAUCAGAGUGACUGAUCUGAAGUUUGGGUGUUCUCCACCUGCCUCGACGGGAACAGAUGCGCUCUUUAAAAAGAAAAAAACACACACACACAUAACAAUAAAAAAAAAAAGAGGAGAAAAAGAGCAACUUCUUCCAGCAUGCGUCUGUCCUCACGAGCACGCCGUCCGCUGUGCUUGUCCACGUUUAGAAAACAAAAACACGUCUGGUUUUCUUUCUUUCUUUUCUUUUUUUUCUCUUCAUAUUUUUGUUUAUUGUAAAUUCAGUUUUCAGUGUCUGUUUCUUGAUCUGGGUCUAAAUCAAAGCCGUUCGAAGGUGAUUAUAGAUUAUUUUUUUUGUUUGUUUCUUUUGACCGGCGUACAGUGGUUACCUCUCCGUUUGUCAGCAGGCGGCAGGAGGGCGACCACACACACACCAGUGUUGCCAUGUGAAGUUAAAACUAAAAAAAAAAACAAAAAACGGAUGCAACAGAUGAGCAGCCCUCUGCGGAGGGGAGGGGAUGGGGGGGCUUUUUGUCAUCGAACAUUCCAGUUGGACGCCAGAUGAUGUGGGAUUCAUUUUGCAAUAAUAACUGCUCUGUGGGUAAUGCUGGCCAGAUGUCACUCAAAUCAAAAGGAAAACAAUCAUGCCAUUGUUUUGUUUUGUUUGUUUUAUUAUUAUUAUUUUUUUAAUUAAUGUAAUCCCUUCCUCGGUUUGUCCUCAUGUCUGUAGCAUUCAUUUACAUGUAUAUUAUCUUAUUUUCACAUUGUCUAUAGAAGCCAUUACUUAGUUAACUGAAUUUGUUGUAUCAAAACCUUAUUUUAAGUGAUUUUUUUUUUUUUUUUUUUUAAGAAUUGGUGUAAAAAAUGAAUGUUACCUUUUGUAAAACCUUUUUUCAAAUGGAUCACAAUAAAAGUCUGAAACCUUCCAGUAACAGGUUUUAUGUAACAGCUGCACGAACUCUUGAACCAGAGAAACCUACACGGAUGAGCCAUAACAUUAUGACCACCUUCCUAAUAUUGUGUAUCCCUUGUGCCUCCGUAUGACUCUUUGUUUGGUGUCUGAAGUGUCACCAAUCAGGAGAAAAACAAACAAACUUCAUUGGGGAUUUUUAUUUAACAAAAAUAUCCGACAGCCAAAACAAGAAGGUGACAACAAAUCCGUGGAUGGUACCAAGAAACAAAAAAAUAUAUGUAUUUUUUUUUUCCAGCUAACUGUCAUGGCUGCUGUUCCCUUAACAGUACACUCAACUUUCUCCUCUUCUGCUUUACGCUGCAACUCACACAUGUUUUAUUUUUUACCUGAGAGUCACAGUAAUAUCAAUCAAACCUGCUGAUUUUGUUUUUCAUAAACUGUGUUUUAUAAAUUUAGACACAUUCCCUUAAAAGUCUUGUUGGGGCAUCAAACAUGUAGCAAAUUCGUCUGAUUUUUUUUUUUUUUCAAACCUUCAUAUUAACCUUUAACAAUCCAGAUGAAGGUCAAACAGCAUCAAACAUUUUCCUUCCGGUGUGUGAGCAGAUCAUCUUCCCACCACCAGAUGCAUCCAAAGUCCUUCCCCACACCCCACAACCAGAAUCCCAAUCAGUGCAACGUAACAUCCAAAAAAAAAAUUUAAAUCACGAUUCACAACAGCACAUUCUCACCGCUUGCACUGCACGCACACACGUACACUAAACCCUUAUAAAACAAAACAAACAAACAAAAAAAACA